AUGCAUGUAACUUCUAAAUUCAACCCUACUGCUACAGUUGAUUCAUUUACCACAGUUUCAAACUUUAAGCAUCAACUACCAAAACCAGAAAUUGUGGAUACAUUAUUUGAAAAUUUGUUAGCUAUACGGGUUUUUCCAACGGAAGCUAUUCAAGCUUUAAGGAACCAAUCAACUCAAAGGAAAUGGGAGCUCCUUUUGCGAGAAAAUGAAACCAAUGAACAAUUUGAUUUAAAUUCGUUAUCACGUCAAGCUAGUAAUCGCUUUGGCAUGCAUGAUCCAUUAGUUCUGCUGCCUCACAUACCCCAAUCUCAGUUUAGAAUACCGUCCACUGAAGAGUUAGCUCCAUCUGAAUUACUACCUCCUCCAGAAGUGCUUCCUAAAACCAGAAAUGUGGGAGUUACUAGAAUCGUGACUGAAAUUUCUCCUAAAAGAAAUCCAUCUAUAGAAUCAUCGGGUUCGGCAUCAUUGUUGUCAGGCGAAAGUGAAGGCAUUUUAGGAAUGAUGAAUAAAAAAUUCAAAAUCAAGGAUGGAACACCUGAAUGGUAUGUUAUGAGAAUGAUGUCUAAUAAAUUGAGCAUUAAAGAUUUUAAGAAGUUGGAAAAGAAAUUAGCAGAUAAUAUAUUCUCGACAAGACAAGGUAUCAGCUGGAUUCAAGGCUUUUGCAAUGCACAAGGAGAGCCUGCCCUUGCAGUUAUUCUUGGAAAAAUUAACAAGAAAAGUUUUAAAUCAAAUGAAGAGUUUGAUAAAGAAUAUAUCAUUGUUAAAUGCUUGAAACAUAUAUUGGAUUCUGAAAGGAAAGAAGAUUUGUUACUUGAUGAAGAAUCUUCAACUUAUCCAUUAUCAAUCAAAAAUAAGACUCAUGUAAUCAAGUCGUUGGUUUUUUCAUUGAUCUCUCCACGAUUAACAACACGUAUCCUAGUUACAGAAGUUAUGGUAAUGCUCAUGUUAUACCAAAAGAAGGUCUUGCUUACUAGUGCAUGUCAAGGUUUAACCUCGUUACAAAAUCUGGUAGGGGAUCAUCUGAAAUUUCAACCGUGGCUAAAUGCCUUUGAAGAGUUGAUUAAUAAACGUCCAACUAAUACUACAACUGGAUCUGGACAUUCAAAUAUGAAAAAUUAUUGUGUCAUUACAUUAAUGUUGAUUAAUUCUAUGGUUGAGUUAUCGAGUUCACUUAAAGAACGUAUUCAAAUACGGCGGGAACUUGGAGAUGCGCAUAUUGUAGGGAUUUUGGAGAAAUUGAGGUUAAUGGAGGAUAAGCGAAUUGAUAAUGAGAUUGAAAAGUACGAAUAUUAUGCUGAAGAGGAUUAUAACACAUACAUGACCCGUCAUGUUCCUAGUCCAGAUAUUGACUACGUUGAACCAGAAGAAGUGAUUAUUGAUGAAAGAGAAAAAGUCUAUCAGAAACCACCAAGUGAUGAUAAAGAUGAAGAAGAAAAUGUAUCAAGCGAUAUUAUUGGUGAAGUAUUAUCCAAAUUGACCAGUUUAAAGAAAGGUAAUCGAAGCUCUGAAAAUUUCCAUCAUACAUUAGUUCUUAUUGAUUCUUUGUUAGAGAAUGUAUCUAAUAGAUCUCAUAACUUGGGAACCGAAUCUGAACUGUCAUUGAAUAUAACUGUUCAUAAGUUAAUGGAUCGCCUAUCCACAGAUGAUAUGGCAAGAAGGGCAAUUGCAGAAUCCAAAAGUUUAGCUCGUGAAUUGGAAAUUCUUAAACAACAAAAGGAAGAACUUGAACUACAAUUGGGAAUUGAUAAACUUAAAACGAUUCAGUUAUUACAAGAUGAAAACGAAAUUCAAAAAUCUCAAUUAUCAAUGCAGAAUAAGCAAAUUUCGUUGUUGCAAAGACAAAUCAAGCAAUUAGAAGAUGACAAAGCUAGGGGAGGUACUCGAAACUUGACUCCGAAUCAUGCAUUUAGUGUUGAUAGUUUUAAUGAUGACCUUGGUAAAGUUUCGGGAGACGCUAAGAUGUCUGAGGAAUUGCGAUCAAUAUUGAAAAACAAAACAGAUAAUGUUGUUGGAUAUCUGGAAUUAAAGGAUGAAGGGGUUUCGCAUUACCAUGUUCCAAGACCACCAACACCACCAAUGAUGUUCUCUUCCAGCUCAAGCCACCUGAUGGAUAGCGACGACACUAGAAAAGGGCAUAUUACUAGUUCGAAAACGAUUAAAAGAGGAAUGUCGCUUCAUUUAUUAAAUGAACAAUUGACUGGGAAAGAAUCUGUUGGUUUGGAUCAAUCUUCUUCGAUUACAACAGACGCAAGUGACGAUGUAACUCAGAUGCUGGCUCCUCCGCCACCACCACCUCCUCCUCCUCCUCCUCCUCCUCCUCCUCCUCCUCCUCCUCCUCCUCCUCCUCCUCCUCCUCCUCCUCCAUUACCACCAUUUAUUCAAAGCGCUCCGCCUCCUCCACCACCACCUUUACCUGAUUUUAUGAAGCAACAAUCAGCGGCAGCUCCACCACCACCACCUCCUCCUCCUCCUUUACCUUCGUUUAUGGAUAAACAAUCAGCGGGAGCCUCACUUCCACCUCCACCACCUCCCCCUAUGCCUACAUUCAUGCAAGGUUCAAGUGAUUCCUUAUCAUCCCUAAACUCAUCUACUGAGCCACAAUUUGAACCCCAAUUCAUCAUUCCUACUCUUCGUCCAAAGACCAAGAUGAAACAAAUGCAUUGGGAUAAAUUAGAUAAUAUUCAAUCUACAUUUUGGGACAAUCUUGAAUAUGCUCCUCUUGCAGAUCGUUUAACAGAACAUGGAGUAUUUAAUGAAGUUGAAAAAGUGUUUGCUGCAAAAACUACGGCUAUGAAGAAGAAGAAAGAUAUGGAUGUUGGAGCUGAUGCAGACAAACCACCACAAAAGGUUACAUUUUUGUCACGCGAUAUGGCCCAACAAUUUGGUAUCAAUUUACAUAUGUUUGCCAAUAUUUCGGAAGAACGAUUGGUAUUGAAGGUCUUGCGAUGUAAUUCAGAUAUUUUGGAGAAUGUGAGUAUAUUGGAGUUUUUCAAUAAUGAAUCUCUUCUUGAAAUUAGUGAUAGUUUAUUCAGAAACUUGGCUCCAUAUUCGGUCGAUUAUUUACGACACCCAGCUACGAAGCCAAAGAAAGACCCCAAUGAAUUAGAAAGGGCUGAUCGAAUAUUUUUGGAAUUGUGUUACAAUCUAAGACAUUACUGGAAAGCAAGAUCAAAGGCAUUGUUAUUUAGUCAAACUUAUAGAAAGGAUUAUAUGGAUAUGGUCAGAAAGUUGAAUGCUAUUGAUGAAGCUAAUAAUUGUUUAAGAAACUCUGAUAGUUUGCAACAAGUAUUAGGGAUAAUUAGAUCAGUGGGUAAUUUCAUGAAUGAUACCUCUAAGCAGGCAAUGGGAUUCAAAAUUGGAACAUUACAACGAUUGAAGUUUAUGAAAGAUGAUCUGAAUUCGAUGAACUUUCUCCAUUAUAUUGAAAAAAUUAUUAGACAUUCUUUCUCCGAAUAUGGAUGUUUUAUUGAUGAUUUAAAUGCUUUGAGUUUUGUCCAGAAUAUUUCUAUAGAACAAUUGGAAAGUGAUUGUGAAGAAAUGUCUAAAUCUAUUCAAACUAUUACCUAUGCUAUAGAGUCAGGAAAACUUAGCAAUCCAGAACAUUUACAUCCUCAAGAUAAGAUAUUAACAGCUAUUAGUGCAUCAAUUCAAAACUCGAAAAAAAAGAAUUCGCUUUUACAAGCACAUUUGAAGAGAACAAUGAGUGAAUUAAAAUCCUUGAUGGCAUAUUAUGGUGAGAAUUUUGAAGAUUCGAAUAGCAAGGGUACAUUUUUCCAAAAGUUCAGGGUAUUCGUUGAUGAAUUCAAGAGAGCUCAUGUUGAAAAUAUCCAAAGAGAAGAGGAACAAAAGGCUUAUGAAGCACGUAAACAAAUGUUGGAGAACAGAUUGGCGGAGAAGGAACGAAAGAAGAAGGAACUUGAAGAAGAAGGUGCAUCUGAAGGUGAACUGGUGAAAGAUGGCAGCUACUCUUCAAACACUGAAGAAAAAGCAGUUAUUGACAGUGUUGAAGAAUCUUCUGCUGUUAUUGAUUUGUUAUUAAUGAAGUUGAAGUCUAAUGCCCAUGCCCAUCCAAUUAAAUCAGAAAGAGAAAAGAAACAAAAAGCUAGAAGAAGCAAAGCAUUAUCAUUCUAUUCUAGUGUAUCACUUGAAGAGCAAAUAGAAACUUCUAGUCCUGCCGUUUCUACAUCCGAUUUAACUCAGUACGAAAGUGUUAAUAGUUUAAAGAGAAGAUUAACAAACAGGAGAAAACAGCAUCACCACCAAAGUCAGACAGACCUGGAGGCACAAUCUGCAGUUAGUUCGGAUAUAACUUCUAAAGCAGAUGAAGUUAUGCUGAGGGCGCAGACUAUGUUGCUUCAAUUACGAAAUGAGAAACAAAGUACUGACGUUGUUGAAGUAAUUGAGGUAGAAGAUGAAGUUGAACGAAAAGAUACUUUGGCUGAUUCAGAAUUAUCAAAAGAGAUAGAAGUAUAAGUUUAUUUAUAGGUAUAGAAGAAUUUAGGGUAAUUUAUUAUUAUGUAGGUAUUUAAAUAUAGUAACUUAUUUAUUAGCAUCAAAAAAUUUUGCAGUUUGGUUGCGAAAAUUUUACAAAAAUAAAUACUAUAUACAAUUAGUAGGAAAUUACAAAAUAUCUAAGCUCAGAAUACAGUUAAACACAACGAUAAAUCAAUUCAUAAGGGAGUAGUCUGUUACAAUCUACAAGGAUACCAUUAACACUUGAAGAUGUCACAAGGAUAAGGAAAUUUAUACAACGAAAACGAAUGUCAACUUGACUAAUGUGGUGAAGUGAUAACCUUCAAAAAACAAGACGGCAACUCCACAAGAUUAUCAGUAAAUAUGAAAUUGCAAGGUCUAGAACUAGCGAGGAGACAAUAGAUUACUUCACUCUCUUGCUCUCUUGAAUAAUUGCGCCCUAUUUCGAUUUCAGAAAAUAAAUCUGAAUCACACAAAA